CAAAUAGCUGCCACGUCACUAGAGUACUCACUUCGAAAGGACCUGUUUGCACCACUUUUAUUUGUAUGCAUGCCAGUUGGCAGAAACUGCAUCAUGACGUUGUCAUGAUGCAGACGCGUCAACGCCAUCUGGUACUCUUUCUGCUGGCGCAGAUGUGGAGAGAUAUAACUGGUGCAGCAUUCCACACAAUUUAAGGGCUCUUGGACCUAGAUCGCGACUCUGCCCCUGCUGAGCCUGCUCCCUCGUAUACAAAUGGAAUCACUUUACUCAAAGGCCAUGAUCAAAUAUUUUUUGCAGUAUUCUCCUAUUGACUUUGUCGACGACGAGACACUAUCUGGUGGUGCAGAAAGGUUCGGUACAAAAUCUCGUCCCAAGUCACGUACUCGUCGCCUGUGGUUGUCCCAUGGCAUACUUAUUUGCACAUCGAUUCUCUCUUUUGCGCUAUGGAUGCGUACACCUUCGACUCAGCUGCGCAACGACAUUCCCAGUAUAUACUCAAGUGCUGCUGUUGAGCCCGUCAUUCUAAGGUUAAACGGAACCUUCGACUUUCCUUCCAUCUAUCGCGGCCCCCCUUCCCCAGAAAUUGACGCCGUUUGGAAUAGGAUAUCUCGUGAUGUGGGACCAACUCGAAUGACCCGUGAGGAGAUGCUCAAAGCAGGCACGACUUCGACAGAAUUGCGCUCGAAAGUCAGAUAUCCGGAAGAAGUUGGUGGGGGGUACAUGACCUCUAUAGAAGCUGUCCACCAAUUGCAUUGUGUGAACUUGCUCCGCAAAGCCUCCUGGUUUGAGCAUUACUCGGCGUCUACAGAUCGUUCAUUCCAAUUUCCUCCGGACGCAAUCCAUCGGCAUAUUGGUCACUGCAUCGAAAUGAUAAGGCAGAAUAUUAUGUGCCGUGCCGACACGACGAUGCUUACAUGGCACUGGGUGCAGGGAUAUGAUUCCCCUCAUGCUAAAUUCAGCACCCGUCAUCGAUGCAGGAACUUCGAGAAAAUUAUGGAUUGGUCUACCGAACACGCUAUUCACAUCGAUGAAUCCGAGAUGAAACGCUUCGAGGAUACGAUUGACCUCCCCAAACCACCUCGUGACGCAUGAAGACUACUCGCCUGCUUGCUCACCCCACUUGUUCAGGAAUACCAUGGGAGGGAGGGCGGUUAUUGGUACCUUGGAAG